AUGUACAAAGACAACAAUAAGAUGACCACGACUCAACCACCGCCUGCAUUUUCGAAGUCACCGAGGUCGAUACUCAACAGUGCGCAGAGACUGGUCGAAAAUGCCAGGCGAUUACAAGAUGAACUAGUGAGGACGAUUACCCCCUCAGCAGCAACCUUCAGCAAUGUAAUGCUCCCUCUUGUGCACAUGGAGAACGAGUUCCGAUCGCAAGCAAACUUGCUCGGCUUUUAUAGCCAGGUCUCUGAAGACGAGCAACUCCGUGAAGCAUCCACGAAGGCACAAACGCUGUUCGCCGACUUCCAAGCUGAAGCCUAUUUGCGUCAGGAUAUUUACCGACUAGUUAAUGCUGUGCGCGAGCUCCAAGAGAAUCUUGAUCCAGAAUCAACUCUGCUUGUGGAGCGCAUCCAUUACCAGCAUAUCCAGAGCGGCGCCGCAAUCCUGGAUCCGGAGCAGAGACAACGCUUCAGAGCGAUCCAAGGCCGCCUCAGUCAGAUACGAGCUGGCUUCCUUGAAAACAUCAACAGUGACAAUGAGUUCAUCUGCUUCACUUCGGAGGAGCUCGAUGGCGUGCCAACAAGUAUUCAAAGCCGGCUUGAGAAGACAGAGCAGGAAGAAACAUUCAAAGUCUAUCUCGCCGACCCAGGCGACACGGCAAUCAUGUCAUAUGCCAAGGCUGAUACCCGAAGACGCCUCUUCAUCGCCUGUCAGAACAGAUGCAGUGGGAACAUACCUCUCCUCAAAGAAGCCGUCGUCCUUCGACACGAGGCAGCCAAUCUUCUGGGGUUCCCGAGCCAUGCUGCCCUUCGCCUGCAGGGGAGGAUGGUCAAGACUGCAGAAACCGUGGGAGCAUUUCUCGUUGACCUGCGAGAAAAGUUGGCUCCUGGUGGCCUCGAUUCGUUGAAGGCUUUGAACGAUCUUAAGAAGUCUGGCACUAGCAAUGAAGGAGACGAGGCUCAGCUCGAGGAAGAUAUCAAGCCCUGGGACCUUGACUUCUACCGUCGUUUGAUGAUGCAACAGCAGCUGUCCCUGGACGGGGAAAGGAUCAUGGAGUAUUUCCCCGUCCAGAUCACGAUUUCACGCAUGCUCAGGCAAUUCUCCCGUCUUUUUGGGCUUCGGUUCGUUGAAAUCACAGGAGUGGACAAGAAUGUGGACAUAAUCUGGCAUGAAGAUGUAAAGAUCUUCUCGGUUUACAAUGAUGAUGCGGGCGGUGGUAAUUUUCUCGGCUAUCUUUAUCUAGACCUUUAUUAUCGCCCUGGAAAAUCUCCCCGAGCAGCUUGCUUUUCAUUGCAGCCUGGAUUUGUCAAGGAGGACGGAACGAGAAACCAUCCCGUCACAGCGUUACUCUGUGCGUUUUCCAAACCAACACCGAACAAGCCCAGCUUGCUCCGGCAUUUCGACGUCGUCACCAUCUUUCACGAGCUUGGGCACGGAAUUCAUGACCUCGUGUCCAAGACCAAGUACGCCCGCUUCCACGGCCCAGGCGGCGUAGCGGUAGAUUUUGGCGAGAUGCCAAGCCAGAUGUUGGAACAAUGGUGCUGGCAGCCAUCCCAGCUUAAAUACCUCAGCUUUCAUUAUUCAAAUCUCAACGAGGACAUGCUUCGAAGUUGGCAGGGAGAGAAUGACGGGGUCAGUCGCCCAGAAGUCGAAAUGCCACACAUGAUGAUUGCAGCCAUAAUCCGGUCCAGGCGUCUGACUUUCGGGCCGCUGUUCCAUCUUGAACAGCUGCAUCGGGCUGCCUUUGAUCUGGCCAUUAACCGGAUUUCUAGUUUCGAGGAAGCAGAAGCCAUCGACCUGACGUCGACAUGGAAUAAGCUUGGUGAAGAACUUGGCCAGACUGCCCACUCAGACACCAGUAGCGAUGACAAGGUAUCAGGACAUGGCUACACCACUAACACGCACCUGGUCCAAGACGACUACGAGGCCGGGUACUAUGCGUACCUGUUCUCUCAAGUUUAUGCAGCAGAUCUGUUCUACAGCCACUUCAAAGGUGACAUCAUGGACAGCAAUCUGGGCCGAAGAUUCCGCCACACAAUCCUUGAAAAGGGCGGGAGUCAGGAUGAGAUGGAGAGUAUAGUUCGAUUUUUGGGUAGGGAACCGUUAUCUGAUGCAUUCAAUGAGUAUGUGCUUGGUGUUAGGCGGCGGGGAUGA